UUCAUGAAUCGUGGGUUUUUCUUUAAGGCUAAGAGGACAUCAUUUAAUGUCAGUCUGAUAUGAAAAAAUGGAUGAAUGAAUAACUUUAAAUUGCACUUUCGCUGAAGAUAAGACAAUUAAGAAGGAAAGGAGUAGCCUAUAUUGACAUAUCGAUGACGCUGUGUUUCACCCUUUAAAGCUCUACCCACAGGAGGAGCAAUAUGUCCCUCUUUUCACCACCUUUGGCCAUGGAGAGCAAGUGGUCUUCAGAGGAACAGGUGUUAGAGUAUCUCAAAGUCCACGAGAGGGAUCCCAAAGCACACAAAUUCCUCGGACAGCUCUGCGAGAGUAAGGGAGACGUCAACAAGGCCGUAAGAUGUUUCAUGCGAUCGGUGGACUUGAACCCGGCACAGAGCGACCUGGUGCUGAAGGUGGCUGAGUUACUGGUCAGUAAAGAGGAACAUGACAGCAGAGCAGAGGUGUGGGUGGAGAAAGCUGCCAAGCUGCUGCCUAGAAACGCUGCAGUCUUUGACCUGAAGGAGCGUCUGUUGAUUCGUGAUCAUCAACAGUGUUGGAAAAGGCAUUUUGACCUCCUCCAGGACGAGCUAGUGGUGCGGCCAGCUGAUGUAGACGUGAACAUGAAGCUGGUUCAGCUGCUCUGUCGGGACGGUCGGCUGGAUGAGGCCGUUGAGCAUUGCCUGGCUGCUGAGAAACAAGGAUUACUUCGCCCCAGUCUGGACUGGUACACUGUGGUGGUGCGCACCCUGCAGAUGUAUCUGUCUCAGUCUAGUGUCAUCAGCAAUGAGAAGGUGUGUCGGCGUCUCCAGAGAAAGCUGCUCCUGGCUCACUGCAGCCUGCUGAGACUCACACUGUCUGGGAGCGGCGUGCAGCCCAGUGUUGAUGCCCUCAGAGGUUUUGACCAAACCAUGCACAUGCUGAGCAACGCUGCAGGCCGCGGUGCAGACUCUCUCUGUGAGGUGUUCGUGGAGAUGCGAGGUCACCUGUAUUUGCAUGCCGCUGCUUUACUGUUAAAACUGGCUCAGGAUCAGCAACAGACCUGGGGGGCCGUCACUGAUCUGGGUGCACUGUGCUACCUGCUGGCGUACCAGGUCCCCAGACCAAAGAAGAAAGUGACCCAAACAGACCAGUCAGAGCCAAAGCUGCUGGAGCUGCUGGCGAGCGAGCGACUGAGUCAGGCCGGCCACAUGCUGCUCAAUCUGAGCCCCGACAGAUCCACCAUGAUCAAAGAGGUGGUUCAGACUUUUGGGAACCGUAGCGGUCUGAAAUCUCUAUUUGGGCUCCUGUUUGGACCGCAGGCCUCGACCGGAUCUUCCUUUAUUGCCAACGAUGACAUCAGCUCCAUUAAGGCUCUGAGUCCGCAGAUCUCUCAGCUGGCCGAGUGGGACGCUGGCUCCAUCCUGCUGCACGGUGAUGACUUGCAGCACCUGAGCUGGUUGGGGCUGCAGUGGACCCUCGUGGGCCAGAGACCAGCGCUGCAGGACUGGCUGCUGCAGCUCUUCCCAACACUGAAACUGGAAACCACCAAACUGGACACGAACGCACCAGAGUCCAUCUGCCUGCUGGACUUGGAGGUGUUUGUGUAUGGUGUGGUGUUCUGUGGCCGCUGUCAGCUCCAGGAGACGGUGAAGCUCAACGGUGGAAUAAACCAGCAACGCCAUGAGCCUCGCUGCCUCCCUCCUUCUCUCCUUCGCCUUUUGACCACCAACACACAGAGGGAGUGGUGGGACGCCGUCUACAGCCUCAGUCACAAACGAGCUGCUCCUGACAUGACAGAAAAAUUGCAAAUGAUUGUGCAACAUGGACUGAACACUCUGAGAGCCGGAGAGAAACACGGGCUCCAACCAGCGCUAGCCAUCCACUGGGCUCAGUGUCUCAGCCAAAUGAGUGAAGCAGUGAACUCGUUCUCUGACAAGAAAGACUGCAUCAGCCGCAGUGUCCACUACUGGAAAGUUGUCCUUCCACUGUUGGACAGCAUCAAAAACAGAUGCAGCAUACCCGAACUCCUCGACCCGCUCUUCAAACACUUUCCCUCCAAAGAUAUUCAGAUCUCAUCUGUGAAGGGAUAUGAAGAGGAAGCCAAAAUUGCAUCUGCAACUCUCCUUGACAUUGAAGGCAAGACAGAGGAGGCCAUCGCUACCUUGGAAACCGUUAAUAACAUAACGUCCGCCUGGCAUCUGGCUCAGAUCUACCAGCAGCGGUCAAAGGAGACCAGCAGGAAGCUCAGGACCUAUCUGUCCAAGGUCAACAAUGCCAAUCCAGAUGAGAUUAAGAAGUUACCUGUGUCUAAGGAGAAAGUUGUGGACCUCCUGAAUGAUGUGAACAAGCAGCUGGGGGAGAGCGGGGAGGACAUCAAAUUUUCCAGUCUCUCCUUUAAGAAAAGCAUCGCCUCUCCUUUCAAAACACAUGUGGGUCCAAUGCAUAGUAUCAACCAUAUGCCACCUCAGCAACCGGUCUUUAGUACCCCUCUUCAAUUUAAAUCACCAGCCACUAGCCAGAGUGUAACCCAACAAACCACCAACCUUCCCUUACCUGGCCACUCCACAAAACCCUCUGUAGUCCCUGGUCAGUCACUAAAGACCAUUGUGGGGAGGCCUAUUAAUUUUUUCAAAGUGCCUAGUGUUGGAGCAGUUGCACAGCCAAUACCUCCAGCUGCAUUUAAUUUCACUUUUUCUACUUCUCAGGCCAAGCAUAGUGAAAGUUUGCUUGGACUUCUUACCUCAGACAUUCCAACCAAAGACGAUACUGCUCCAAAGAAGCCCACAGCUCAAGAGCAACCCCCCAGCCAAACAGGCAUCUUUUCAUUUCUAACACUUAAAGAAGGGGAAUGGAAAUGUGAUGUGUGCCUUGUAAGAAAUAAAUCCAAGGAUAGGCAGUGUGUUGUUUGUCUAAGUGCCAAUCCCAAUGCUUCAUCAAAGCCAGACAUUCAGGCUGUAAGUGAAACCAAAGCCAGUCCCUUUACUUUCAACUUUGGGACUGUCUCCUCAAAACCCAGUAGUUCUGCAUUACCCUCUGGAUUCACAUUUGACACAAGCACCUCAAAACCUACUAACACAGUAACCAGUGCAUUUGGUUCUGGCUUUGGGGUUCAAUUUGGCAAGAAGCCUGAGCUGUGGGACUGUGGCACAUGUUCUGUAACAAAUGAUGCCUCUUCAGACAGGUGUGUUUCUUGCAAAGCUCUGAAAACUUCACCCAAAACAACUGCCACAGCAGAAGUUGAACCAGCUGCAACAGCACCUGCAGUUAAACCCUCAGAAGUUGUUGACUCUGGGUUUGCUGCUCAGUUUAGCAUAAAGCCAGGACAGUGGGACUGUGACGUAUGCGCAGUAAGAAAUGAAGCCUCAGCUGAUAAAUGUGUUGCCUGUAACACUUCCAACCCUACUGCUAAAUCAAAAGAGGUUGCUCCAGUUGCGUCCUCACUGUCAACAGCGUCUGUUUUGCCAGGAUUUGGGGCUGAUUAUGCAAAGAAGGAUGGGGAGUGGAAGUGCAAUUCCUGCCUGAUUAGAAAUGAUGCAUCAGCUACUGAAUGUGUUUUCUGCCACACCCGUCGCUCCUUCGAAGACAUGUUUGCCAAAAAGGAUGGAGAAUGGGACUGUGACAUGUGUCUGGUGAGAAAUGAUGCCUCUGCCAGUAAGUGUGCGGCAUGCCAAACACCUGUAAGUGAAACCAAAGCCAGUCCCUUUACUUUCAACUUUGGGACUGUCUCCUCAAAACCCAGUAGUUCUGCAUUACCCUCUGGAUUCACAUUUGACACAAGCACCUCAAAACCUACUAACACAGUAACCAGUGCAUUUGGUUCUGGCUUUGGGGUUCAAUUUGGCAAGAAGCCUGAGCUGUGGGACUGUGGCACAUGUUCUGCAACAAAUGAUGCCUCUUCAGACAGGUGUGUUUCUUGCAAAGCUCUGAAAACUUCACCCAAAACAACUGCCACAGCAGAAGUUGAACCAGCUGCAACAGCACCUGCAGUUAAACCCUCAGAAGUUGUUGACUCUGGGUUUGCUGCCCAGUUUAGCAUAAAGCCAGGGCAGUGGGACUGUGACGUAUGUGAAGUAAGAAAUGAAGCCUCAGCUGAUAAAUGUGUUGCCUGUAACACUUCCAACCCUACUGCUAAAUCAAAAGAGGUUGCUCCAGUUGCGUCCUCACUGUCAACAGCGUCUGUUUUGCCAGGAUUUGGGGCUGAUUAUGCAAAGAAGGAUGGGGAGUGGAAGUGCAAUUCCUGCCUGAUUAGAAAUGAUGCAUCAGCUACUGAAUGUGUUUUCUGCCACACCCGUCGCUCCUUCGAAGACAUGUUUGCCAAAAAGGAUGGAGAAUGGGACUGUGACAUGUGUCUGGUGAGAAAUGAUGCCUCUGCCAGUAAGUGUGCGGCAUGCCAAACACCUGUAAGUGAAACCAAAGCCAGUCCCUUUACUUUCAACUUUGGGACUGUCUCCUCAAAACCCAGUAGUUCUGCAUUACCCUCUGGAUUCACAUUUGACACAAGCACCUCAAAACCUACUAACACAGUAACCAGUGCAUUUGGUUCUGGCUUUGGGGUUCAAUUUGGCAAGAAGCCUGAGCUGUGGGACUGUGGCACAUGUUCUGCAACAAAUGAUGCCUCUUCAGACAGGUGUGUUUCUUGCAAAGCUCUGAAAACUUCACCCAAAACAACUGCCACAGCAGAAGUUGAACCAGCUGCAACAGCACCUGCAGUUAAACCCUCAGAAGUUGUUGACUCUGGGUUUGCUGCCCAGUUUAGCAUAAAGCCAGGGCAGUGGGACUGUGACGUAUGUGAAGUAAGAAAUGAAGCCUCAGCUGAUAAAUGUGUUGCCUGUAACACUUCCAACCCUACUGCUAAAUCAAAAGAGGUUGCUCCAGUUGCAUCCUCGCUGUCAACAGCGUAUGUUUUGCCAGGAUUUGGGGCUGAUUAUGCAAAGAAGGAUGGGAAGUGGAAGUGCAAUUCCUGCCUGAUUAGAAAUGAUGCAUCAGCUACUGAAUGUGUUUCCUGCCUCACCCCUCGCUCCUUAGAAGACAUGUUUGCCAAAAAGGAUGGAGAAUGGGACUGUGACAUGUGUCUGGUGAGAAAUGACGCCUCUGCCAGUAAGUGUGCGGCAUGCCAAACACCAAAGCCCAAUGCCAAAAGUGUAACCAGUGCUGUUGCUUUAGCUUCAACCUUUAACUUUACCUUUGGAACAAAUAAUUCAUCAAUCCAUCCUGCUGGAUCUGGAUUUACAAAGCCUUUUGGAACAGGCAACACGUUUCAGUUAGGUCAAAACAAAGAUAACAGCUCCAAAUGCUUUAGUUUAGUUAAGUCUGCUCUGUCAGCAGUGCCGGUUGUUGACUCAGAUAGAACAGCAUAUCUCAUUCAGAAGGCUGAGGAAAUGAAGUCUGGUUUGAAAGAUCUAAAGUUCUUUUUGACAGGCGAGAAAACAAAGAUAAAAAAUGAGGACACGCAGGGAGACAUUACAACAACCAGCAUUGUAAUCAAACCUCAAGGUGAAACCACUGGCCCCAUCCUAGAGUGUGUCAAUGACCUUAGAGGAGAUGUUUUAGAUACUGAAGACAUAUCAGUCUAUACCGCUCUCCUCACCAGUAGCCCCCCAAAAAAGAACCAUUUCCAAUUUGGGGAAUCCACUGCUGGAUUCAGCUUCGGCUUCCAACUUGACAUUAGUCCUUCCAAAUCACCUGCUAAGCUUAACCAGAGCAGAGCCUCAAUGGACACUGAUGAUGAGCAGGAUGUAACCCAGAAUGAUGACAGAGAUGGCCUGCACUUUGAACCUGUGGUCCCCUUACCUGAUCUGGUGGAAAUUUCCACAGGGGAGGAAGAUGAACUGAUAGUCUUCUGUCACAAGGCCAAACUGUAUCGCUAUGACAAAGAGCUGGGUCAAUGGAAGGAGAGGGGUAUUGGAGACCUCAAGAUCUUGCAAAAUUAUGACACCAAACGAGUGAGGUUGAUAAUGAGGAGAUACCAGGUGCUCAAGAUCUGUGCCAACCACUGGAUUACAAUGGCUAUGAAGUUGGAACCUAUGAAGGGCGCUGAGAAGGCCUGGGUCUGGAGUGCCUUGGACUUUGCUGAAGUCAGUGAAGGCAAUAUUGAGCAGUUGGCUGUGAGAUUCAAACUGCAGGACACUGCAAACACAUUUAAACAGGUCUUUGAAGAGGCUAAGGUUGCACAAGAAAGGGGGGAACUUAUGACCCCUGUGACAUCCACGAUUACCACACCUCAAGACAGUCCUGGAGUGGUGUUGUGCCAUAAAUUUGUGUUUGGACAUCCUGCCCGGGCUUCAUCUGCAGUACCUGAAUUCAAAACCCCAGAUAAAGAACAAGCAAGUGCAACAUCAGAUGAUGACUCUGAGGUGGAGGUUAUGAAUGUCAGGGAAGCCACUGCUGAACAGUCUGCUUUAGCCAAGAAACUCCUGCUGCCUCUUACUUUCUUCUGCUACCAGAACGAACCAGGCUACACCAGCAAUGAGCAAUCUGAUGAUGAGGACUACGAGUCAGCUGUGAAAGCCUUGAAUGGAAAGCUCUACCCAGAUCCUACGAGAAGAAAAGCAGCGGCGUGUGGUGAUGUCUUCCUGAUGUUUGUGGAUCAGUAUUGGUACAUUAAAUUUGAGAUGCAGCAAAAGCCUACCACCAUUUUCGGGAGAGGUGGUGACAUCACCAAGAGCGAUGGCACAGGAGGUAAGUCUAUCUAUGGCAGCAAGUUUGAGGACGAGAACUUUGAUGUUCGACACACGGGCCCAGGCAUACUGUCCAUGGCCAAUCGAGGACGUGACACCAACAACUCGCAGUUCUUCAUCAGCCUGAAGAAAGCCGAACACCUGGACUUCAAACACGUUGCUUUCGGUUGGGUGCGGGAUGGCAUGGAUGUGGUGCAGCAGAUGGGAGAGCUGGGAACAAAGGGGGGCUCACCCAGUAAAAAGCUUGUCAUCACAGACUGUGGACAGCUCUAAAACAGAUCAAGAUUGACAGUUUAGUUUAAGUGAUAAUGUUAAGGUCUUUGGAUAAUGCUGUGUUCCCUGUGCAGUGCCUGACAUCCUCCUAAAACUGAAUCCAUACUGAUUCAACAUAGGACUACUUCUCAGUCCCUUCAUCAUAGACACAAAUUAUUUUUGCUAUCCGAUUGUGAGGUCUCAACUGGGAAACAUUGGAGAAGGCAUUUGGACUUACUUUUACUCUGUUGCACUUGGAUCUCCAUCAUCUGUCAAUAAAUUCUCACAAUUUUUUAUUUUUUCCCCCCUAUAAUUGUACAUUGACUAUUUUUUGUCAAUGUCCAUUUGUGUUCCCUUUGUGUUGCAUAUGCUCUGGUUCAGGUUUUACAUAGAUGAUCCAUUAUAGUCUGAGAUUAAUGUUAAU